AUAAUUUUCUUGACGAGCGUUAAAAUUGUUAAGUCUUGAUUAGAUUCAUAUCUUGUGGAUGCACGGUAGACUGAACAAGGCAAGAAAAAAACCGUCUAAUUUACUGUGUUUGUUUUCCAAGAAAGUAUUUCCUAGCAAGGAAAGCAGAUCAAGAGUACCAAACAAAGUGGAAUAUCAUAUGCUCUCUCCAAUUCACACAAGGUUUUCUAAUUUCUUUAAGCCAUAUAGUGGGCUACUAAAAGCCUAUAAAUAGAGAAACAAUUGAAAACCCAAUAAAUCACAGCAGCGCUUGUAGUGUUUUGGAGUCAUAAACCCUGCAAAAACCCUCUCACCAUUGCUAAAAACCAAGCUUUUAGCCUCUUUCUUCUCUUAUCUCUAUACCCUUUUCUUUGUUUGUUGAAUCGUUGAUACGUAGUUGUGAUAAUGGAGAAGAUAUUGGGAGGACAAGGCUCAGUUAUGGUGGAAGGUAAAAGAAGGCCAAAGACAAAGAUAGUUUGCACGUUAGGGCCUCAGUCAAGAUCAGUUGAUUUGUUAGAGAGGCUUUUGAAGGCUGGCAUGAACGUUGCUCGCUUCAAUUUCUCUCAUGGAACUCAUGCUUAUCAUCAAGAAACCCUUAACAAUCUUAGAACUGCCAUGAACAACACUGGCAUUCUCUGUGCUGUAAUGUUGGAUACUAAGGGGCCAGAAAUUCGAACAGGGUUCUUGAAGGAUGGGAAGCCUAUACAGCUAAAGCAAGGCCAAGAGAUUCUUAUCUCUACUGACUAUAGCUUAAAGGGUGAUGAGAAUAUGAUCUGUAUGAGCUACAAAAAGUUGGCUAAAGAUGUCAAGCCAGGAAGUAUUAUUUUGUGUUCUGAUGGCACAAUUUCAUUCAGAGUUUUGGCUUGUGACAAGGAAAAUGGACUUGUCCAUUGCUGCUGCGAAAAUUCUGCAGUUUUGGGUGAGAAGAAGAAUGUUAAUCUUCCAGGAGUAAUUGUUGAUCUUCCUACCUUAACAGAAAAGGAUAAAGAGGAUAUUCUACAAUGGGGAAUACCAAAUAAGAUUGACAUGAUCGCGCUAUCCUUUGUUCGCAAAGGUUCAGACCUGAAGGAGGUCAGGGAGCUACUCGGCGAGCAUGCCAAGAAAAUUCUUCUCAUGUCCAAGGUUGAAAAUCAAGAAGGGGUCACCAAUUUUGAUGAGAUUCUUGCGAAUUCAGAUGCAUUUAUGGUGGCACGUGGUGACCUUGGAAUGGAAAUCCCAAUUGAGAAGAUAUUCCUAGCUCAGAAGUUGAUGAUCCACAAGGCUAAUAUACAGGGGAAACCAGUGGUAACUGCAACUCAGAUGUUGGAGUCCAUGAUCAAGUCUCCAAGGCCUACUCGAGCUGAAGCUACUGAUGUUGCAAAUGCAGUCCUUGAUGGUACCGACUGUGUGAUGCUUAGUGGAGAAACUGCUGCUGGAGCAUACCCAGAACUUGCUGUUCAAACCAUGGCCAGAAUUUGCAUAGAGGCUGAGGACUUUAUAAACUAUGGAGAUCUUUCUAAGAGAAUUAUGGAAAAUGCACCUAUGCCUAUGAACCCAUUAGAGAGUUUGGCUUCUUCAGCAGUAAGGACAGCAAACAGUGUUAGAGCAGCUUUUAUUUUAGUGCUAACUAGAGGUGGAAACACUGCAAAGUUACUGUCUAAGUACCGACCAAGCGUGCCGAUUUUGUCCGUGGUUGUUCCAGAGAUUAAAACUGAGUUCUUUGAGUGGUCAUGUAGUGAUGAAACUCCAGCUAGGCAUAGCCUUAUUUACCGCGGUCUAGUGCCAGUUUUGAGUUCAGGCUCUGCAGGAGCUUCUGAUAGUGAGUUUACAGAAGAAACGAUUGAACAUGCCUUAGAGUACGCUAAGGACAAGGGAUUUUGCAAGCCAGGAGAUUCAGUUGUCAUAUUGCACAAGAUUGAUGUUGCUUCUGUCAUCAAAAUCCUGCUUGUACAGUGAUGAUACUGAGAACAAUUUGAGUCCAGAUUAUAUAUUUUCUUUCUAGGUUUUUAGAGUUUUUCUUUAGCUUAAUUGGUGUUGCAACUAUUUUAAACGAUUUCUGGUAAACGUUCUAGUUAUAAGUA